ACAUAAAGGGAUUCAUUACGGAGGUAUAAAGAAAAGGAAGGGCCGUUGUCUGGACCAGACUAACGACCAUAUGUCUCUAUCUUAGACGAGAAAGUUCGUUUCAAAGCUGUUACGCCAUAAAUAUAAAACCCCGUAUAUGGCGUUUUCAUAGUCAGGGACUCACCUCACGCUCCUCCUACACCUGUUGUAUAUAUUUUACUCCGUCCACGAGGGUUAAUAUUCGCGAAAAUGUCACACUCACCACUUUUCCGGACUUCGAUGCGGCUGAGGCUCGACAACAGGUGUAUAGCACUGGUAAACUACGAGCUGGCCCUCGAAGAGGUCAACGCCGAACUAGAACAACCGCCUCCCAACACACGUAACUUCGACGACGAGCUAUGGGCUUCUCUUCGCAAAGAACAUGAGACCAAGAGGAUUCGAGAAGGAAUGAGAAGGGUUCGUGACAGGGUCUUGUUCGAUUCAAUUAAGGAGCGGCGCAAAACUCUUAAAGGUGGUAAAGUAUGGCACGUUACUGUCUUCCAUCAGGCGUGGAUAUCAAAUAAUCUAGGCCGACACGAUGCACGAAAUAAAGCUAUAUAUAAAUCAGGGUUCGCGGAAUGGAGGCCCCCAUUACUUCUCGAGAAUUUGUGGUUCGAGCAGACCGAAAUUUCUUAUCCGUCGAACGCCCGAGUCUAUGUAGGAGAAAGUGGCAUCUUAGACCCGAGACUACUCCGCCGCCAUGUAACUCCCGAGUUUGUCCCAAGGCCGCAUUUCAAAAACGAGAGGAAAAGGCUUGCGGGCAAGUACAUCGAGUUUGCGGAGUUCGCAGCGAAAAAUGCCCAUAUAAUGCCACGCCCUCAGGAUCUAUCGUCCGACGAAGGUCUCUUAUCCGAAGAUGAAGAAGAUUCCACAGAUACUCCCAGCAAGAAGAGGAAACGUGGUAAAACAGUUAUCAUGCAACGAACCAGAAAACCGAAUCGGUUUAUCAAGUUGUAUGAUUGCAAAGUCCACGACCGUACUCAGUUGGAAUUACAGGCAAUGAACCAAUUUUCUCUGAUGCAACAAAUGCUACCUCGAGUGGAAUCGCCCGCCAUAGAACGAGACAAGGGAACUACGAUCAAACAAGCGCAAGCUUCCCCAAUAGCUGAGGAUGUUGAAGAAGACCAUCGCAUAGAGGAACUUCGGACCCAUGGAGUACGAUUACCUACCCGAUACCCGUACAACGAGGUAGUUGAGGGAGAAGAAGAGCAACAAAAACCAACUGUGGUAGAGUUAGCCAUGUAUAGAGCAUGGAGACGUCGACAAAGGCACUUUUUUGAUGAUAGGGACUCCUAUAUGCAAAACAGAAUUUAUUAUGAACAAGUACACGAACGAGACCUACUACGGGCUGGACAAGACCUCAUGGCAUUCUGGGCCAAGGUGAAUACAUGAUAAACCUGGAUCGGAUACGUAUCUGGGUAAUUACGUGUAGGUAGUCUGGGUUUGUUAUGGUUGUUUUCUAUAUGAGUAUCCCAAGUACCUAGG